AAGAAGAGGAGGAGAAGAGAAGAAGGAGAGUAGAAAAUUUGUUACAAAAUUGACAAAAGUCACUAGUCACUAGUUUUUUCACCGUCACCACCAGCAACAAUCAACCGGCAGCAACGACGUCGACAUCCGUUCAGGAGGGUCCGUCGUGUGGAGAUCGAGAUGAACAACCAGAUUGUCCAACUCGUUGGGGGUCCAAGCACAAAAUGAUGGAGCAGCAAGACGCAGUAAAUCGUGUUCUAGAGAACGACAGAAAGGCCAUCACCAAGCUCAACUGGCAACACAAGGAUGUGUAAGCCUCCCUCGACAAAGCCCUCAAGCCAGUCAGUGAUUUCACUGACAUUCUCGGGGGGGGAAAAUAUGUCACCAUAUCGUCACUCAUCCCAGUGCUCAAACUCAUGGAGACUGAUACUUUGUGUGCUGCUGAGGGGGACGUAGAUCUCACCAGGGGUGUGAAAGCUGUCAUCUUAACGCGACUGAAGGCACCACAGCAAUAAAAGGAUCAAUAAAAGGAUGUGGAGGGCCCCAAGUCUGUCUUCGCCUUGGGCCCCAAUAUGACUAAAUCCGCCCCUGCUUGGAAGGAAGCAAAGCUGGAUGAGCCCUCCCUCCUCCUCCUGCUCUCACACACAGCGAGUUCCACUCUGUCCACACAUUUCCUUGAUUCCUACCAUUCAGAUCUACAGAUUGAAGAUGGGUGUAACCAACAUGUGGUGACGUGAGAGAGCUGACAGGCUCCAUUCACUGCAGGAACACAUGAUGUUCAGUUCAGAGCUCAAAGUAGUUUCACUGUUCAGGAAGUGAGAGUCAGACAGGCGUUGUCACUGAGAGGUGAAAUGGCGCAGAAAGGAGUUGAGCUGGACCAAGAAACCUUCUCUUGUUCCAUCUGUCUGGAUCUACUGAAGGAUCCAGUGACUAUUCCCUGUGGACACAGCUACUGCAUGAACUGUAUUAAAACCCACUGGGAUGAAGAGGAUGGGAAGAAAAUCUACAGCUGCCCUCAGUGUAGGCAGAGCUUCACACCGAGGCCUGUCCUGGUGAGAAACACCAUGUUAGCAGUUUUAGUGGAGGAACUGAAGAAGACUGGACUCCAAGCUGCUCCUGCUGAUCACUGCUAUGCUGGAGCUGAAGAUGUGGCCUGUGAUGUCUGCACUGGGAGAAAACUGAAAGCCCUCAAGUCCUGUUUGGUGUGUGUGGCCUCUUUCUGUGAGAAACACCUUCAAUUUCAUUAUGACUCAGCUCCGUUCAGGAAACACAAGCUGGUGGAGCCCUCCAAGAAGCUGCAGGAGAACAUCUGCUCUCGUCAUGAUGAGGUGAUGAAGAUUUUCUGCCGCACUGAUCAGCAGAGUAUCUGUUAUCUCUGCUCGAUGGAUGAACAUAAAGGCCACGACACAGUGUCAGCUGCAGCAGAAAGGACUGAGAGGCAGAGAGAGCUGGAGGUGAGUCGACAAAACAUCCAGCAGAUAAUCCAGGACAGAGAGAAAGAUGUGAAGCUGCUCCAACAGGAGGUGGAGGCUAUCAGUCGCUCUGCUGAUAAAGCAGUGGAGGACAGUGAGAAGAUCUUCACUGAGCUGAUCCGUCUCAUGGAGGAAAGACGCUCUGAUGUGGAGCAGCAGGUCAGAUCACAGCAGGAAACUGAAGUGAGUCGAGUCAAAGAGCUUCAGGAGAAGCUGGAGCAGGAGAUCACUGAGCUGAAGAGGAAAGACGCUGAGCUGGAGGAGCUCUCACACACAGAGGAUCACACCCAGUUUCUGCACAACUACCCCUCACUGUCAGCACUCAGUGAAUCCACACACUCAUCCAGCAUCAACAUCCGUCCUCUGAGCUACUUUGAGGAUGUGACAGCAGCUGUGUCAGAAGUCAGAGAUAAACUACAGGAAUUUCUGAGGGAGACAUGGGCAAACGUCUCACUGACAGUGACUGACAUGGAUGUUUUACUGUCAGACCCAGAGCCCAAGACCAGAGCUUGGUUCUUAAAAUAUUCACGUGAAAUCACACUGGAUCCAAACACAGCAAAUGAAUUCCUGUUAUUAUCUGAAGGGAACAGAAAGGUAACAUUCAUGAGACAACAACAGUCUUAUCCCAGUCACCCAGACAAUUUCACUGAAGAGUUUCAGGUCCUGAGAAGAGAGAGUCUGACUGGACGUUGUUACUGGGAGGUGGAGUGGAGCGGGGGAAAGGUCUGUGUAGCAGUCGCAUACAAGAAUAUCAAAAGAGAAGGGACCUCUUAUGGUUGCAGAUUUGGAUUCAAUAAAAAAUCUUGGGCGUUAUAUUGUCAUGAGAACUGUUAUGUAUUUUGGUACAAUAAUGUCAAAACUCCCGUCUCAGGUCCUCAGUCCUCCAGAGUAGGAGUGUACCUGGAUCACAGUGCAGGUAUUCUGUCCUUCUACAGCGUCUCUGAAACCAUGACUCUCCUCCACAGAGUCCAGACCACAUUCACUCAGCCUCUCUAUGCUGGACUCUGGCUUCGUUAUGCCGAUGGGAACACAGCUGAGUUGUGUGAGCUCAAAUAGACAGAAGUCAUUUAAGGGUUAAAUCCUGUGUAUUAAUUCUUAUUUAGCCUCCAUGUUUGUUACUGAGAGCUGAUUGUUGUGGCGUCUCUUCACUGCACUGAGAUCAGCUGUCAGUCAAACAUUAUUGGGGGUACUUUGAUGUCUUCUCCUGAGUUGUUGUGUAAAUGUUUGAGUUUCUUGCGGUGGCGCUCCUUCCUGUGUGUUUAGCCGUGGAGUCUGUCACUGCUCAUCAUGAUGUAGGGAUGUAACGAUAUGGAAAAUUUGAUAUCUCAAUUAUAGUGACCAAAUUAUCACGGUAAACGAUAAUAUCCUGAUAUUUUUUUAAGCACUGUAAAAUGUCCAAAAAAUAGAUACAUUGAAAUAAUUUCACUAAAACUUGUAACUUCCUUAUCAUACUAAAAUGUUAACAGCCAAAAUCUUAUAUUAAAGCAGCAACAGAAAGAUUUAUUUUAAAUGAACAAAAUAUGUAAACAAAUUACAGGAACAAAGCUUAUUUGUCUGGUGCAUUUUAACAGUCAGCAAAAUAUGUGAACAAUUAGGAACAAAACUUGUUUUUCAGGAAAAUUUGUGCAAGUAAUAAUGCAACUUAAAAUAACUUUGAAUAAAAUAAACUUUAAACCUUAAAUAAACAUAAAUGUGCAAAUAAAUAAACAGGCACUUAACAAAUUAAGAGUUGCAAUGCCAUGUAAACAAGUCCAAACAUUCAUUGCAUCAUGUAUGUUCAUUUAAGAUUGAAAUGCAGAAAUGUCAACAUAUUUACUUUUUCUGGUUUUAAAAGUGCCCUCAGAGGAGAAGCAAUGUGUCCACUGGCACUGAACAGCCUCUCUGAAGGUACACUGGUUGCUGGAAUGCACAAAAACUUCUUGGCAAUCCUAGCAAGAUGGGGCAGCUCUGAUGCAUGGCUCUUCCACCACUGUGAUGGAUCAUCUUCUGCUGGAAUGGAAGGUAGAGUCAAGUAGACCUUGAUCUCCUCCUUCACUGUAGCUUCUGAUGUGGCUGGAGCUGAAUCCUCUGUAGCUCUCUGCUGCUUUGAUGAAGCAAUUCUUCUCAGCAAUCCAGACAAGCCUUUCCCCUCUGGUGUCUCUGUGGAGACACUGCUUGUGCUUAGUUUUUUGUCCUCAACCUGGACAGCAGGUGACAGCCUCAAGGCUUCUUGAACACAGCUCUCAACCACUGCAGCUUCAGCCUCACCCAAAAGCUCACUUUGAACCUGGGGUUAUUGAAACAAGCCAUCUGCAUGACACUGUUAGCCUUCUCUGUGUAUCUGCUGGUACGAUCUUCUCUCAUUACGCGUUUCAUCUCUUUGGUCAGAGCUGGCUCCUCAUCAUUUUCCUGCAGGACAUUAUGGAUGAUGUGGUCAAGGACAGGCUUUAUGGCUAAUAGUGUGCCCAUGCGCCCCUUUUUGCAGCCAGUGCUGCACAGAUUGCUUGCUGUUGUUGAAGAAAACGCUCAACCAUCUUGUUGGUUGAUCCCCAUUGGGUCACCACAUCGUGGAUCAGAGCCUUCUUUGGCAAACUGAGGGCAGCUUGGUUUUCUGCUAGUCCCCUCCUCCUCUUCCAGCUCUGAGAGAAGCCUUGUACCACAUUUUGGCACACUUUGACUGCUGUUUUAACUCUGUUGAGUUUAAGAGCCUUUGAUAUGGCCAGGUUCAAAUUAUGGCCAAAACACCCGAGCCACAGGUCUGGAAAGUCUUUGAAAGCCUUGACCAUAUUUGUAGCGUUGUCAGUGGUUAUGGAGACCAAGUCACUCUUCCUGAUCAUCCACUCCUCAAGCAGGUCAGUGGUUGCAGCUAAAAAGGUGCCUUCACUUAGACUCUUCAUAACGUCAGCUCUGACCUCAUUGUAUAACUUGGGAAUUUGUGUCUUGGAGAAUGAAGUGCGUGAUGGCACUUUGUAUUGUGGCACAGCUACUUUCAACAGCCUCAAGAAACCUGGCCUCUCAACACUUCUGAAUGGCAUCAUGUCUUUGGCGAUGAAGUAUGAAAUGGCAGCAGUGAGGUCUUGUGCAUUCUUAGAUUCAGGUGCAUAAGCUGACUUUUUCCAUACAUGUGAGUGAGAGGAGUGCCUGUAUGAGAAAAGGAGCGCAUGUUCUCGUGUGUGUGUAUUAGGUCAAGAUUGUGAGCAGUGAAUUUAAUUAACCUUAUAAAACCGAGAGCCGAGAGGUUAAAGGUUAACACGGUAGCGUGCUAUGUUGUUUCCUUGAGCUUAUGUCGAGAAAGCAUAACUGGCCGUCUAUAUCGAUUCUAGCUCGCCAUACAAUAACCAUAAUCAUAGUGAUUCAAUCAUAGUUGAUUUCAAUUAGCGAUAAUAUAAAAUGAAUAUGUUUACAUUACGUUACAUUGGUAUAUAUUCUGUCGGCUCCGCUCAGUGUUUUCAGCUCCAUUUAGUUUCGAAACACUUAGCAACAUAGCGGCUAUUAGCUACUCAGCUAGUAGCUCGCUCCUAAGUGUCUUAAGCGAAAACGGAAAACCUAGUCACCAUUUAGGAGGACAGAUACGGCUCAAAUGUCCCAUAUACGUCAAGAGUUACACAUUAUGACAAUCUUAGUAAAACCGAAGUCCCUUACACAAUAACUGACGUUUGCAUAGCAUACCUUGCUUUGGCUGUAAAGCUGUGGAUGAUGGUCCACCAGCUGUCCCUCUGCAUUCUUCAGAAAUCCAAAGUUUGCCCAGACCUCAGAUUUUGUGCGUUUAUUUGGGGGGAAAAUGUCCUGAGUACCGCUAUCACCACCUUCCGCCAUGUUUUCAUUCUUUGUGUUUACACAUGCUACGCAUUCACGCAGCGCCUGCAUCACGAGACUUGGAUGAGGCUGUUAUUACACAUCCUGAUAAUCCACCGCGAUAAUGCAAUUAAUUUAAACAUAAAUGGUAAUUCUUACCAUGUAAAAAUUAACCGAGAUUUACCGUAAUAUCGGUGAUCGUUACAUCCCUAAUGUGUUGUAAACUUCUUUGUGCUCUGAAUGUUUAAUGAACAUUUCAGUGGAUGUAUUUGUACGUUGUUGUUUCUCUCCCACUGCAUGAGUCUGAAGAGAGACAUCAGCAGACCUCCUUUAUCUCAGAUAUUGUGCUUGUAAAUUUGUACAGAAAUGUAUAAUUAGCUUUUAAUGUGUUGGUGUGGCAGAUUAGUUAGCUACUAGAAACUGUAAUGAUCCUGAUCAUAAUCAAUAAGGAGAUCAUUCAUUAAUGUCUUUUACACAAACUGAAGGUUUACAUGAUGAAUAAACAAACAUGAACAAAGUA